AUGGCAUCAACUCCACACGUCUCGCGAUGGCAACUCUGCCGUCUCAGCGAGGCUUCCAAUAGCUCUGCAAAUUCUUCCUCCACUUUGUCUAAUGCACCUAAGAUUGCCGAAAAUUUUUCGAGCGCGACGCCUUCCGUUUCGCUUCGUUAUCUCAAUGAGUUUGUGGGCAAAUUGCACUGUGCCCCUGCUUUAUUGCAAUACGGAUUGUUCCCAGACGCAAAAGAAAUUACCGAAAGCAUGGCUCUAUUCAACACUGUCCGGCGGUAUAUUAAUCCAAGAGCUAGUGGAGAAUGCCCAAACACCAAGAAAGAAGGCAAGCAGGAUGGAAUCGUAGUCGUUGGUGAUGGAAACACUCCACGUACAGCUGCAAUGUUUGCAUUUCGGAUGCGAGGAUGGACAAGUUACAGUGUGGAUCCUGCAAUGGAAAAGGAGACGAGCGAGCGAUCGAAGAGGUGGACAGAGAUAUCAAACCUCGUGGUGAUCCGAAACAAAAUCGAAAAGGUGCGGAUCACGUUACGAAGAGCAAUAGUGGUGCUGGUGCACGCUCACGUGACGCUAGACCAAGCUCUGAGUGCAAUACAAGCUGAACAAAUCUGUGGUGUGGUGACGCUGCCGUGCUGCAACUGGUACGGCCAACAAGAGUCGCUCUUCGGGCGCGGCCCGGACCUUGUGUACGAUGACUUCAGUGUGCUUUCGAAUCACCGCGAGAUCCGCUUGUGGGUUGGAGACGUUUCUGCUUUAGGUUGCCAGAAUGGUGAAGCUUCUCGUGCUCAUUUGCAGCUUUUUUCGGGUGUUAUGAAAGGCUGUAUUCGCAAGGAACUUGCGGCUGCCAGUGACGAUGGAUCUGGCGUUAGCACAGCUAUAAAUGAGAGUGCGGAGGAGCAAGCAAAGAUUAUGCUACAAGAGCACGAUGGAGUGCUCGAUUUUAUCAGCGAUACACUGUCAGAGCUAGCUUGCGACCCUCGAUCGAUGAGCCAAGAAACGUACUUGUCAGAGGGGCGAGUAGCUGAGGGCAGUUCACAUUCCGCUAUCACGUCACACCUGAGAAAGUAUGAUGGUGUGCUUGUGCUUUGUUGGCACCCUCGGCGUGCGGCAGUGCGAUCACUGCUACGCAACGGAUACACGAACGUUUAUACGAUAUCGCUAUCAGAAGAGAAGUCAUUUCGUGUUAUCGACGACGGCCGACGCGGCUUGAAAACUUUGAGCUUGGACCUCUACAAGUGCACCAUUAAUCCAGACAGCGACCCCGGAAAUAAAGAAAAGCGAGAUGAAGAAAGACUUCAGCAGGACCUUUGCGGCUCCUUCACACUGGAGUCCUAUUUUGCUCUGCAUUUCGACCAAAAAAGCAGCAGUGAGAAAGAAGAAAUGACCACCGUGUCCUUUAACGAUGCAGGACUUCCCGCGCCGCGUCUAACAUGCAUUUUUGAUGCAGGCUUCGUCUUCCGAGGUUUCCGUGGUCGUUCAAAGAAGAACCCGACAUUUUUCCGCCGCGUGUAUCGCACACUAGAUCAAUUCCUGGCAGCUUGUAGUAGUGUUGCCGACAACAAUACGGGUCCGUCGCUUAUUUGCCUCACACCGCGCAAGCGUUGGUACAAAAGGGAAUUUCUAGCCCACGAUUAUGAUACACAGUCGCUCGCGAUGAAGGAGCCAAGCGAAGGAACACCUCUCUACAUGUUUUGCUGCUUCAAGCGGCAUGCACUGUCGGCAAAGGUGCAAUCCUCAAUAACGGAGACGAGCAGUGAAAGUACAAACACCCGGGAUGUCGCUUUGGAGACAUGGUUGGAGCUGAAGCGAAAGCUCUCUACUCGAAAGUUUGAGCUGGCUGACAGGUUAAUUACUAUAGACAGCCCAGACGCACGUAUGAAAGCAGCUUUGGACCAAGAGCGAGCAGUUGCCGAAGCUUUGGAUACUUUCGAUGGAUCUCGAAAGGUUUAUGCGCAAGCCACUGGUAUAAUUACGCGCAUUCGUCGGUUCAGUACUGGCUCAGCAUUCGUUUCUCUCGCCUUGGCUAGCAGUCGAUGCGAACGACCACUGCAGCUAUUUUUACAGCGUGAAACUCUGGGCUUCUCCAUAUCGAUGUUUGCAACGGUGGCUGGUCUUAUUCGAAAGGGCGAUGAGCUGAUUGCAGUCGGGUUUAUAGCUCGCAACGCUCGUGGACAUUCGAUGUUGCAGGUUGAGGCAUUAUGCUUGGCUCGCUCAGGUGAAUUUGAAGCUUACAACGAGGUGCGUGUGUGCUAG